AUGAAUGCUAAUCUGGGCAUUGGCGUUUUCGUUGAAAGUGGCUGUCCACCUGUCCUCCGCUCAGAACCAGACUUGCUGGGUCAAAAAGCCUUCUUGACGCACAAGGUCCAUGGCAGCGGCCUCCAGAAAUGGAUACCUCUACCGCUAAGUCGACGCCACUGGAACCAGGUCAGGCCGCAUGCAAGUGCUUGCUUGAAAGAGAUCUACGAGCUAGCUGGUCUGAAAAGUCCAGUGUCAAGCUAUAUUGAUGUUCUUUACUAUUUAAUGAAUACCGUCGUGGGACAGUUCUCGGCGGCUGCGGAAAAGGAGUUUAAACGUCGCGAUGCGCAAAGCACACUCAGUCAUGCAUCAGAAAAGGCAGCCACAGCUUAUUUCGGCCUUUUCCACCUUCUGCUCUGCCUCGCAACUGAAAACGUGGCCAUCAUCGCAAGUGCAAACAAGACCAUUGCUCGCUUCAUUGCCGGACCGCGGUCCAAAGCAAACUUUCCUGAUCUCGGACAUGUCUUCACUGCAGCGUUGAUCUCGGAUGCAGGACUCACAGAGGAACUCACACUGCUGGUCAUCAAAGAAGCCAUUCUCCGUAAUGUCGUCUGGAUGCUCGACACAAAAGGUGCAUGCAUGCCGGAGCUGGCAUAUCUCGAGCCUUCAACCGACUCUCCGUACCGCCUGACCAUGACGUUCAAAGCAUCACUGACCUCCUACCGCCUCACCAUGUUUCUCAAGCUCUUCAGCUCUGCAGCGCGGCCACCCGAGAAAUCUCUUAUCCAGCUCCGCGACUCGCUAUUCGACUCGCACGGCGCUCCGCCGCCCGCCACUCUAGCCGCCAUAACCGCGGGCAUCCGAACGAUCCGCGACAUCAACAGCUUCCCGGGCUUCUUGAAGACAAUGAGCAUCACCAACAUGCCGCCAAAAUCCGUGUUUACCAAAUUCCUGCGCCGAACCAUUACCGAUAGCGUCGUCGCGGGGUAUUCCAGGAUGCCAUUGACGCAGAGCCAGCUCUACUUGAUCCGCAGGAGGAAGGAGCGCUACGUGCAAAGGGCAGACGACGUGAGCUUUACGUCUGAUCUGCAGCCGUGGUUUGAGUAUGCAAGGGUGCGCGGGUGGCCGUCGUUUUUCCCGGAAUGA